CGGGCUGCGGGGGCGUCACGGACAGAGGACUUGGGCUGAGGCUCCCCCGCGGGCGGGCGCAGAGAGACGCGGGAAGCAGGGGCUGGGCGGGGGUCGUGGCGCCGCAGCCAGCGCAGCCAGCCCCAGGGGCCGCCGCCUCCGCUGCCCAGCGCGCUCCGGCGCCGCCGGCCGCCUUAGCACCCGCCGCGCCGCAGCUCCGGGACCGGCCCCGGCCGCGACGCCGCCGCGAUGGGCAACGCCGCCGCCGCCAAGAAGGGCAGCGAGCAGGAGAGCGUGAAAGAGUUCCUAGCCAAGGCCAAGGAAGACUUCCUGAAAAAAUGGGAGAGCCCUUCUCAGAAUACAGCCCAGUUGGACCAGUUUGAUAGAAUCAAGACCCUUGGCACCGGCUCCUUCGGGCGAGUGAUGCUUGUGAAGCACAAGGAGACCGGGAACCACUACGCCAUGAAGAUCUUGGACAAACAGAAGGUGGUGAAGCUGAAGCAGAUUGAGCACACUCUAAAUGAGAAACGCAUCCUGCAGGCUGUCAACUUCCCGUUCCUGGUCAGACUUGAAUUCUCCUUCAAGGACAACUCAAACUUAUACAUGGUCAUGGAGUAUGUGCCUGGUGGGGAGAUGUUCUCCCACUUACGACGGAUCGGAAGGUUCAGUGAGCCCCACGCCCGUUUCUACGCGGCACAGAUCGUCCUGACCUUUGAGUAUCUGCACUCCCUGGACCUCAUCUACCGGGACCUGAAGCCCGAGAACCUUCUCAUCGACCAGCAGGGCUAUAUUCAGGUGACAGACUUCGGUUUUGCCAAGCGUGUGAAAGGCCGUACUUGGACCUUGUGUGGGACCCCUGAGUACUUGGCCCCUGAGAUUAUCCUAAGCAAAGGCUACAACAAGGCUGUGGACUGGUGGGCUCUCGGGGUCCUCAUCUACGAGAUGGCUGCUGGUUACCCGCCCUUCUUCGCUGACCAGCCUAUCCAGAUCUAUGAGAAAAUCGUCUCUGGGAAGGUGCGGUUCCCAUCCCACUUCAGCUCCGACUUGAAGGACCUGCUACGGAACCUUCUGCAGGUGGAUCUCACCAAGCGCUUUGGGAACCUCAAGAAUGGGGUCAAUGACAUUAAGAACCACAAGUGGUUUGCCACGACUGACUGGAUUGCCAUCUAUCAGAGAAAGGUGGAAGCUCCCUUCAUACCAAAGUUUAAAGGCCCUGGGGACACGAGUAACUUUGACGACUAUGAGGAGGAAGAGAUCCGGGUCUCCAUCAAUGAGAAAUGUGGCAAGGAGUUUACUGAGUUUUAGGGGUGUGCUUGUGCCCCAUGGGUUUUCUUUCAUUCUUUCUUUUUCUUUUUUUUUUUUUUCUGGUUGGGGGUGGGAGGGUUGGAUCGAACAGCCAGAGGGCCCUAGAGUUCCAUGCAUCUAAAUUAACACCCAC